CUCGGUGCUCCGGCUGAGGGAGGAGGUGAAGGAGAAACAUCACCCAGCGGCCACUGCACGCUUCCGCCUCAUUUCCUUGUUCUCGUGCAGAAGGCGAACGCUCUUCAUGGAACGGAUCGGCCCGGCGUCCGGACUUCUGUGACUUCGAUUCGGCACAAGCUCGCGCUCGCCGCCCGGGAGGAAACGUCGCAGAUCGCCGUCCGUCCGUCGCUCCGAGAGCCGCCCGCGCUCCGCGCUGACCGACGUUUGACUAAAGUUAUGGCCGACAGCCGGAAAGAAAAGCAAGACGACGGCGACCGGGAACCUCAGGGCGCGGAGGGAGGGGAAGAUGUGGUCGAUGAUCCCAUCAUGGAGCAAGGAGCAGUGGUCCUUAGAGGGUAUGUGGUCUCCCGUAUAAACGCAGAGGACCCGAGUCAGAACCUGUCGCCUGAACACCUGGGAGGAAGGCCCGGUGAACAACAGGAUCCACAAAUCAAAGAAGUGGUGCGGCAGCUCAUGAAGAUCGCAGAUGAGAUGAACAGGAACGCCGAGCUCCAACGGCUGAUCAGCCAGGUUCAGGGCAACUGUGCUCAGGACAUCUUCAUGAAGGUCGCCAAAAGCAUCUUCGACGAUGGCAUCAACUGGGGUCGCGUGGUGGCUCUGUUCCAUCUGGCCUACCGACUCAUCUACAAGGCACUGACCUCCAACCACCUAGAGAACAUCAGGAUAGUCAUUGGCUGGGUUCUCCGGUUCAUCAAAGAGCGACUCUACCCCUGGAUCGUGCAGCAGGGCGGCUGGGUGGGGGUGAUCAGUGGUUUUUCUCGAUGGAGGAAUGUAGCCAUCGUAGCAUCGGUUGCAUUGGUGGUAGCUCUUGUUUACUACAGGAAGACGCGCUGAGAGCAUCGGAGCCUCCAAACCAAGGCUGCAGUCCCAUCACCUGGGAAAAACACAGCUAGUUAACAAAGGACUAUUAAUCACAACCACCUUUUAAUCAUCAAAUGGAGGAUAAGCAUUGUACCCUCUUCUCAGGAUCCAAGAACAAAAAAAAAACAAAAAAAAGUCCACUGGGCAUCUCCAUCAUCCUUCAGCAGCAACCAGAUGGAAGCACAAGAGCUGCUGCAGCUCACCUUGUAGCAGUCAGAAGGGGCUGUGAUCAUGACUCCUAACAGACUUAUAAUCAAAGUGUAUGUAUUUAGAUGUUGUAUUCCUGCGUAGUGGCUUCAUGGUGUUGGCUUGGCCCAGUAGUGGCCCAGUAGUGGACCAGUAGUGGACCAGGACCAGUUUGUUUGGGUGCAACAUGGUUUUCCCAACAAACAAAGUAAGACAAACUGAGGGCUACACCACGGGGUCAAUUUUCAGAUCAGUUUUCAUUCUCAACAUGAGUAAAAUUGCGAGAGUUCAUAUAAACUGCACAUUGUAAUUUCCUACUUCUACAAAGGGAACGUUAAAUUGGAGACUCGUUUUACAGAAUUUCUUCCCAAGAGUUCAUUUGAGAUUUUAAGUAAACAAGUUAGUUAAAACAUCGUUUUAAUGUUGUCCGUGUAGAAAAACGAUUAGGACCCUGCCAUAACUCUAUUGGGGGGGGGGUUUAGAGUGAGACUGUUUAGAUCGCCACGACAUAGUCGAUUUUUAAAAAGUAGCUGGCGAGCCGAUAAAGCGUGAGCACCCCAUGUGUCAAGAUAACCCCAAACCGCUAUGAACCUAACGAUGAGCGUAACCAUGGGUUACCAGGAGGCUGCUUGCACCAACCCAGCACGGAGUCAUCGAGGAUGAGCGCCACCUGAGACACAAGACACGCGUGUCCUGUUGAAGACAAACACAUCGCAUCCGUUUGUACGUCGUGGUCCGGCCUUUCACUCAAGAUUCAGGAGAACACACUUUGUAUAUUUUUAUUAUCAUCAUUAUUUCCAUUUCCCUUCCACUGUGAAUGGUCCUGUUUUUAGAGAGAGGACUUCUUUUCCUUGAUGUACUGGAGCAGUUAUCUGUGCCUACUUUUGGGGGACAUAUGUGCAGAAUGGGCCCCCCGUCAUGUUUGUGUCUGCAGUAUUUCCACUUCAUCUUAACACGCUCACUUCUCCCAAUCUAUUUUUUAAAUGAACAGUUAUUUUGGGAAGCUUUUAAAAACCUCUGUAAUCGCUAGCUAAAGAGGGGGAGCUGUGUGCAAAGCAGAAGACUCGACUUCUCAGUACGAGAAACGCUUCUCUGCGGCUUUCAGGUUCAAAUGAAGCGAUUCCAAAAUGAUGCCUUUUUGGUCGAGUGAGACGUGUCGGGGUCAGGUGACCGAAUGGAGGAUUCAUAUGGGAACACCUCUGGGCUGUUGUCUUGUGCCAAGUGAGCUUUUCUCAGGUGUUUUUGCUACCAAAUGUUUUGUGCACUUUUGAGAGGGAUAUCACACUAUUCAUCUGCUGGUUCGGUGGUGGUUUCUAAAGAGGAGAAAAGAAAUGUAAUGGGACCUCCUGAUUAUUUUACUAUUGGACUCCAUUUCUGUGAAUAAAUGAAAACACAAAUGUGUUGUACAUCGCUCAUUGGCUGUUCCUGGGCAACCAAGAAUUAAAAUAAGAAUUUACAUAUUCA